CUCUCAUCCACUUCUCUCACCUCCUUCUCCUCAGGAAUCAGGUGCACCUGUGACCCCGAGCCAUGUCCUGCUGCAAGCCCUGCGACCCUUGCUGCCAGCCCUGCGGCCCCUGCCCGCUGGGCAGCAGCUGCAAUGAGUGCUGUGUCAGGCAGUGCCAGGAUUCCCACGUGGCCAUCCAGCCCUCGGCUGUUGUGGUGACCCUGCCCGGCCCCAUCCUCAGCUCCUUCCCACAGAACACCGCCGUGGGAUCCUCCACCUCCGCUGCUGUUGGCAGCAUCCUCAGCUGUGGUGGCGUGCCCAUCAACUCUGGGGGCUUUGACAUCUCCUGCAUCACCAACUGCUUUGGUGGCAACAGAUGUCGUCCCUGCUAAAGCUGCCUAAAGUCUUUAGGCAAGAGCUUACAACAUCUCAGAACCUGGUUCUGGGCAGGAAAUAGUGCUUUAAGCCAUGGUAUUUAGUAUUUGAGCCAUUGUCCCCUUCUAGUACUUUUUGUAUUUCCUUUUCUUUCUGUGUUUCCUUCAGCCAGCCUAAGAGGACGUGUUGCUCUCCUUCUUUUGGGCAGGCAGGUGGACACCCUGCAGGAGUUCCACUGCAUCUUACUGGCUGCUCAUGGUGUUCUCUGUGAGCCACCUUUGUUUCUACCUUACAUUCAUUAAA